AUGCACGCGAGCAAUGGAGUCGACCGGUCGGCCGCCCACCAAGAUGACCCCAUCCCGAAUUCUAAUCACAUCCUCACGGGAAAGCAAGAGCACUACCUCAAGCGCGAGCUCAUUGCCCGCCAGGUUAAAUCCGAAAUUGCCGAAUUGAACUCCCCAACCGCCCUCCAUCGGUUCGGAGCCCCCUUCAAAUCGGAAUACGGCGAAGUUGCCCCAAUCGACUCAGAGCUUCCAAUCCUUCGGUAUAUCUUCGUGCAUCAUGUGCGCAACUUUCCUUUCCUCGACCAAGCCCGCGAAAAGGAGUUUUGGCAGGACAAGUUGCAGGUGUUCCUCGAAUCAUUUGCGAAUAAGAAUGUGUCAUCUUCCGAAGACCGCCUGGAGGAAACGAAGCGCAGGAAGUUGGCUCGGAAAUGUGAAAAGCUCAUCGAACUCAUGAUGGUCUCGGGCAUUCCCACGGCAUCCGGCUAUGAAGAGCGGAUCCAAUUUUCGGAGAUGGAGGUGGUCGACCGCGGCGCUAAUGACAAAGGACUACUUGUUAAUAUGCCCGAGGGGAAUGCAAUUCAUGGCUGGGAUGUAAACGUUGCUGCUGUGCGGGUCACAUCAGUUAAGCGCACAGUACGAUACCAUCAACAUGCAGAGUUCAUUAUUCGCGUGCGACGGGAAGGACGGGCAGACUCCUUUGUUGCUCGACGGUUCGGGGACUUUGUGAAGCUUCAGAAGAGACUGCGGACUGAACUCCCAGGCAAGACCUUACCACCUCUUCCACGGAAAAACAAGUCAUCUUCAACCUCGACAAUCUUCGGGUCCGUUGAUGAUGACGGAUCUUCGAUUUCAUCGGUGUCUACCCAAGAUGCACCUGCUGUAGAUGAGACACGCUCAUCUCGUAACCUUGCUCCGGGAAACCACACGCAAAUCCAUCGAUCUAAGUCCCGCGGUUCUAUGCGAAGAAAAUCCAAAUCUCCUAGAGUGUCCGUCGAGAAUUUGCGCGAGACAGUACUUUACCGGGAGGAGCAGCGCAUUUCACUUCGUGCAUUCCUCCGCACCCUCUUGCAACAUAAAAGGGCAGCAGAGUCAAGAGCUUUAGAGGAGUUCUUGACUGCUGAUCCUCUCCUUCCGAACGAAGAGGAAUAUUCAGAUAUGGAAAGGCGCAAAGAGGUCGAUUCUAUCAGAAUAGAAGAGCAGAAGCGCUUUUAUGAAAUUGCCAGGCAGCGUGCAGCAGAGCUGGACGUCUACAUGGAAAAGUUCCGUCGGGAUAUUGUAGAGAGCAACGGCUUGACGAAGUUAUUUGCCGAGAUCCGAGAGAAAGCUACCAUUGAGGAUUUGAGUCCACAGUAUCAGAAGUUUGCUGAGUGGCUACGUAUUGAGGUUGCGGCUACCUUAUACCAUCUCUUCUUAGCUGAAGACAAUUCGGCGGAACUUUUCGCACAGGCCAAGCGAAUUCAUUCUCUAGUGCCCUAUACCUUGUUGAAGAAUGUGAUUCGUAUCGCCAACCCCGCCGCUGUCAUGACCGGGGUCCUGGACCUCUUCCUUGCACAACCUUUUGGAUCUCGCUCCCUGCUCCAACGGAUAUUUUCCAUGACUCUGCACGAUGGUAUCAAGGGCUUCCAAAAGUCAAUCGAUGCCAUGGCUGCUAAGAUUAAUGAUACCGUUGUUUGUCAAAAGCUAAAGGCCUUUACUGAUGCAGAUGAGGCCGUCAAGAACGAGGUACGCUUAGAGGCGAGCAUGGAGGAUGUAGACAUCGUCGUCGCCAUUCUUCGCUCAGAAUAUCUGCCUUUCGAGCUGAACACAGAGCAAGUAGGCAAAGUGUUCAAUGCCUAUGUCGCCUGGAACUACGCUGUUGAGCACGUGGACGAGGAAAUGAGAGAGGGUGCGCGCUGGUUUGCCAAUGUGAAGCAACUGCUUAAAUUGUACACACGGCAAAGAGACAAGGCCAUGAUGCUCAGUAUCAUUGAAGAACCUGUCACUCUACAACUAUUCCGUGACCUGUUCACCAUCUUCUAUGAGCCUUUGGUGCGCGUCUACAAGUCGGCAAACGUCUACAACAGCAUCACCGAUUUCGCCAAGUUUGCUGAUGACGCGAUCGCCGUGAUCGAAAAAUGCCAAAGACAGGACAUCUCCGCUGAUCCAAACCAGACCGUCCAGGCGUUUAUCGAUCUCUGCGAACGCCAUCAAGGAAGCUUUUACAAGUUCAUCCACGAGGUGCAUCUUCACGACAAUGGUUUGUUUGGAUCUCUCAUGGCAUGGAUUGAAAAUAUCCUCGAGUUCCUCCGCAAGGGUCCCCGUGGAGGUAAGCUUGAUAUGAAUGCCUUGCUCCAUGGAGCCAAGGAUGUUGGCCAGAUCGACAAAGACCUAGCUCUUGAAGAGAUAAACAAGCUCAUCAAGUGGCACGAGGACCGCAAGGAGUGGCACCUCAAUAAGACCCGACAAAAGAUGGCAGCCGAGGGAACUGUCUCUUCUCCUUUUAAUGCCACAUUCAAGGGAAGUGAUUUUGGUCUGGAUGAGGCUGAUCUUGAACACCUUGCCAUUUCCGACGCGGACUCCGAUCCCUCCGAUGAUCUUGAGGCCGAGGAUGAGGCCGAGGAUCUCGAUCCGAUCGGUGCUGAAAGACGACGCCGGGUCAAGAAACAAGACCAGCUGCGGAGGACAGCUGGCGAACCUGUUAAACCCGACGUUACGGAGAUUCUUAAACUUUCCGAGUCCUUUGGUGUUUUGCUGCGCCAGAAAAUUCCGUGCUUAUACUCUAGCAGUAGUAGUAGUAACCCAUACCUAGAAGCUUCCAGGGAUGGGGUCCCCUCGCACUGCUGCACCGCUGCGUGGUCUCUUCCUCGAUGGCGUCUGGCGUUCGCUCAAGCUACAGACCAAGAACCAUGGCUCUACACCUGCCAACAGGACUAUUCGCGGCGCUGUAACUUCUUUCUCUGGGCGAGCGACGCUGAAGCCCGUGAGAAACUAACUGUUCUCGCAAACUCUCACUCAGAGUCUUCCUCUACGCCGCGAACACCCUCGAAGCGGACACUCAGGGGCUCGACGACAGGCCCAGGCGGCCUCCUAACACCUCAAACCGGCCAAAGAGAUAAAGAAGCACGCAGUAGCCACGACAGAUCUAUUAAACCCGACACCAACCCCCGCGCAACAUCACAGACAGGUCCUCUUCCCCCACCUCCAAGCGCAAAAGCACGCAUGAUGUCUGAAGAUGCAGAUGAGUUUGAAUGGGACGAUACCGUCGAAACGGAGAUGGGAAAGCUACUAGACCCCAGUCGACCGCUACGACAGCCUGACUUUGGGCGUCCGCCAAAAAACCCGGCACGGACGGAGAAUAUCCCGCCGCCGCGGAAGAGGAGGCGAGGGCUGGACGCAGAGGAGGGAGAAGGAGACGACAACGCGAGUGGGACUGCUACGCCGGGGUCAUUUGCUCCACCUCAUCCUACUGGGGGUGGGCCAUUCCUGACGCCCACGCCGGGUCGUUAUAAGAAUAUGGUGCCGCAGCAGGUUCCGGAAUCGCCGCUAGCGUCGUCAUCGGAAUUGGCGGUGCAGGUUUCGCAGAUUCUGGAGAAGCAUUCUGUGGUUGUGCCGCAGAAGGCGCAGGAUGAGCUGCGCGGUUUGUUUCAUCAGCAUGGGAUGAAGGUUCAUGGAAUUAUGCGGGGACGGGAUGUAUCGCGGGUCUCGCUAAGGAAGAGGGAUGAGCAGAUCGCGAGGUUGAAUGAAAGGAUCGCGAGUCUGGAGUCGCAGAGGGAGUUGAAUCGAAAGUUUCGCCCUCAUAUAAAAUCUCGGUUCAAAUUUUCUUCUAUAUUUAUGUCCAUGGACGCCACCGCCGACCGCGACACUAGCAGUCCGCUCAGCAGCGACCUCCCCGCCAUGUUUCGACCCCCCGUGAACCGCGCGAUGCGGGUCUUGGACCGGUCAUUCUUCAAGAAAACCAUCCCGCUCUCGGCGGCGACGGUGUUCAAGGCCUCUGAUAUCUCGAAUGUGCGGAAGGAGCUGCUAAAGAGCCGGGAUCUACUGUCGUUGCCGCGACUGAGCGCGAUUCGGGAAGUAAAGCAGGAUGAUGUAGUUAGAAAGUGCUUGCUUUUGAGGGAGGGAAUAAAGCAUGAUGAUGCUGCGACGUGGUCGCCGAAGAUCAGUGAGCUGGUGAAUACGGGUGUUGUGGGCGUUCGGCCUUAUGAUUUGACGCUGGAGUAUGAUUAUUGGAACUAUGCCGAUAUUAUUGCUGCCAUCCUACCGGAGGAUUUACUCGAUGAGAUCCCACAGGGUUUUACUCAGGUCGGCCAUAUUUCUCACUUGAACCUCCGCGACCAGUACUUACCCUAUCGAUUUCUUAUUGCGGAGAUCCUGAAAGACAAGAACCCGACAAUCCGCACGGUAAUUAGAAAGACGGAAGAUGUGGGCUCGCGCAGCGAGUUCCGUACAUUCCCUUUUGAGCUGUUAGCCGGUGAUGAUGAUAUGAAUGUGGUUCAGCACGAGCAGGAUUGCGAGUUUCACUUUGACUUCUCGCGCGUGUACUGGAACAGCCGCUUAGAGACCGAACACCGAAGACUCGUGGAUAAGUUUCGACCAGGCGAGAUGGUUUGCGAUGUCAUGGCUGGCGUAGGUCCCUUCGCCGUUCCCGCGGGGAAAAAGAGGAUUUUUGUCUGGGCCAAUGACCUCAACCCGCAUGGUUUCGAAGUAAUGCAGGAUGCUGUGCCAAGAAACAGAGUGCAGGACUUUGUUACCCCGUUUAAUCAGGACGGAAGGAAAUUCAUCCCAUGGUCUGCGAAGGCACUCCUCGAAGCUGACCCCGUAACCGUGACUAUUCAUCCCAAAGUACGACGAUCGCGCAGAACAGCAAAUGACCAGGAGCAAGCGCCACCGCCGCCUCCAGAGGUAUUCCACCGUCCGACAAUUUUCGAUCAUUAUGUGAUGAACCUGCCUGGAACUGCCGUUGAGUUUUUAGACGCCUUCUCUGGCGUUUAUGCCGGUCACGAGAACUUGUUUGCUCCGUAUACUUCCAAGGCUCUCCCUAUGGUCCACGUGUACUGCUUCUCGGGCCAUUCGGAGAACGAGCUGGAUGAUCAUAUCGAUAUCUGCAAACGCAUGUCUGAACGACUCGGCUAUACUAUUACUCCCGAGGACCGUGUGGGGGGGAGUGGAAAGACGGAGUUGGAACUCGCCAUUCACAACGUGAGACUAGUGAGUCCAAAUAAGCAGAUGUUCUGUGCCAGCUUCCGUCUGCCGAAUGAGGUGGCAUUUCGGAAGAUUGAACCCAUUGAUCAAGACCGCACCAGAAACACCCGUUUGAAAACGCUACGCGUCCAAUUACCCCCCGCCACGCACCGCCAGCGCGCCCUCCCCCAAGGCGAGCUCGAAGCCGCCUCGACUCUCAGACUUGGAGCGGACCAGAAUACCCAUACGCUCUCCCUAUCGGAAGCCCGGCUGGUCAUCAACAAGGUGCUGGAGAAUAAGCGUCGAGGGGGCAAGAAAUACGAGGAGCCAGAGAACCUCACCAAGACGCUAGAUUAUCUGGAGGUUUUUGCUCGGUUCAAGGACGAGGAGAACAUCAAGGCCGUCGAACGGCUGUUGAACUCGCAUACUGAGUUGGAGAUGUUUGAGCGGUCCCAGUUAGGGAGUCUGUGCUGCGAUAAUGCCGAGGAGGCUAAAUCGCUCAUUCCCAGUCUGCAGACCAAAAUUUCUGAUGGGGAUUUGCAGGAACUCUUGGAUGAGCUCACCAAGCUGAGGAAUUUCACCGAGUAA